CUCUCUGCUGCCAUACUCCAUUGAGGUCAAUUCAGUGUUCAGUUAAUGCAACUGCAAGUAAAUUUCCUCUGAAUCAAAGAUGGCAGACAAACUGUCACCCCUGCCGACCACUGCUGGCAUAUCCUGUCAAUCCUUCUAUGCUAAAAGAGCCCAACAGACUUCAAAUGCAGCAAAGAAUAAGGCAGCGUACAGAAUAGUCCAGGAAAUUCCAUCCAGCUCCAGUGAUGAUGAUUUCAUUGAUGAGUGCAGUGAUGAUGAGUUCAGUGAUAAGUCCAGUGAUGAUGAGUGGCUGCCAGAGCAGAACAGAGACAUAGGAGCUACCUAUGAUGAAGACACAGACAGUCAGGAUACAGAAAGUGAGAAUGAUGAGGGGCAGGAUGAAGAGGAAGGUCAGCAUGAUCAGGGAGCUGUGGGAGAAGGGCACAUGGCACCUGACCAUACUCAAGCCCGCAAAAAUAUUUGGAAAGUCCAAGACAAUGACUUUAAUGGAGACUUGCCUCCUUUCCUAGGAGAGUGGAAAUUGAAUGUGGAGGGGAAGGAUCCCAUAGAUUUCUUCAGACAUCUGUUUCCAGCAGAUCUAAUUGAUAAUUGUGGCGGGGCGUGGCCUGCGGUGCCGUGCAGAGGAGGCGGACGCACCUGCACGGCAUCCGCAAUCACGCCCCGCCGAAUUAAAUAUUGUACUGGGUCUUGUGGUUGUUGUUGUGGUCGUUAUGUUGAGCUGGCAGCGGGAGAGCUGCAGCUCUGUGUGUAUUACAGCAACCGUCGAAGUAUUAAUAAAAAGUAUCAAAAUGCCACUGGGUCUGCCGUGUAUGUUUACAGUGGUGCCAAAACCCAGGACAGGAGGCAUGGCAGAUCCAGGAGUGGGCCAGCAGAGGGAGGAGCUGGCGAGAAUGGUGGCCGAGCUGGCAGCUGCAGGACCAGACUGAACGCCACCUGCAGAGGAUGGAGUAUCUGGCGGCGCUGA